ACCGCGAGAGAGAAAGAGCGAGCGCGUGGCCCAGCCCGCAGGCCGCGGCCCGCCGGGCCCUUCCUUUCCUCCCUGGCUCCAGAACCCGGUCCAGAGGGGGCGCGGGCGGCGCUGUCAGUGCUGUGCUGGGGGAGGGGCUAGUGUGUCUAAGGCUGCUCGUGGCGGGCAGCGGGCGGCCCCAUCUUGGCCAUGUCCUUGCCCGCCGGGUACUCGGCGUCCCCUCCAGGGCCAGGGCCAGCGGCCGCGGAGUCACCGAGUGGGCCGUGGGCGCUCCGCUUGGCGGGCGAGCUGGGGGCCUGGGCCGCCUGCCCGUUCUUCUCGUCUGAAAAAAGUUGUUUAAUUACGUCAAAGAAGUUACUCAAUGGGCUGCCUGGGUACACAGAACAGAGACAAAAAAAGAGAAAAGGACAGGAAAGAGGAAGGGAGGGAAGGAGAGAGAAAGAACAAACAAACAAAUGAACGAAGGGGCCUUAACAGAGAAAGGAAAACCCAACGAGAUGAGGGCGGAGGGGCGCGGAGCAGGUGCAGGCGGGCGGCAAGCGGGGCAGGUGGCUGGCGGGGGCCCUGCGUGCCAGGGGCCGUGAGGCCUAUGCCUGAGUUGCCAUCCAGAACCCAGAGCGCUUUGGAGAACCGAGGCUCGGGCAGGUGGGGAGACCCCUUCUCCCUCUCCGGGCCUGGCCCUGAGGCCUUGGGGCCACCCCAGCCUCCUGGCCGUGAAGGCUGGCUGAGCCCGGCCCGGAGGUGGCAGCCUAAGUGCCAGGGGCCCUGAGGCUGAGCAGCACCCCGGGAGCAGCUGCUGGUGCCGUGUGCGGCCUGCCCUGCGGUGGGGAGGCUGGAGCCAGCGCCCGCGGAAGACACGGGAGAGGAGGAUGAGCCUGCCGCAGCCCCCCGGGCCUGGAGCCAGCCCCUGGCCACGUGGAUGGAGUUCAGCAGCAGCGGACAGACAGAUGGACAGAUGAGUGGACAGGCGUGGAGGGGUUGGGGAGCAGGCGAGGGGCAGGCAGCCGGAGUCGGGUCCCUAGUCCCGGAGGCAGGAGGAAUGGGCAGAAACGGGGUGACUACCCCCUUCUGGGGUGCUGUGCCCACUACCCAGGUGGGCCGAUGGGCACCUCAACUCCACUUCCUAACCCUGACCCCCACCUGAGCCCAGAGCCCCAGGCCCUUCUUUUGGGACCAGGCAUGGCCGGGAGGGGGCGCGUGGGCACCCCGACCCCCGCGGGGCCCACAGGGCUGGAGUCCACCCUGACCCAGGCCAGGGCUUGCGGGCGGGACCCUGGCUGGCCUGUGGGGAGCGCGGGGGCCGGGGAGCCCGGGCUGCGGGGCGUUGGUGUCCACACCAGGGGCUUGGCACGGCCUGGGCGGGGGCAGUGGCCAGAGCCCGCGAGCGGGAGGCGUGGCGGGCGGAGGUGCGGGUGAGCAGGGAGUCUUACCACAUUUGGAAAGCCGCCCCGUCAUCAUUUCCAUACAGUUAGUGGUGUCUGGAGCACAGAACGGAGAGAGGGCAGAGUGAAAAGGGGGCCCCUCGACCUGGCUGGACGGCUGCCCCGGCCGCGGCAGGCCCAGAGGGGGCAGAGGCAGAGCCCUGUGGACAGCAGAGGGUCCCCGGCCGCCAGAGCCGGAGCCCGGAUGUGGUGGUCGCCCGGGUCUGCCACCCUCCUGCCUGCCCUGGCCGCCUGCCCCCUCACUCUGCCACUCGGCAGCACCAGGCUGGUGGCUUCCAGGCCAUCCCAGGCUCGUCCGGGCACCCCGUCUUGGCCCUCUCCCAUCCUCUGUGGGACCUGGGGACCCCGGUGCUGGCAGGAGGCCAGGGCUGGGUGGUGGUGGGGGCCCUGGGGUGGGGGCUGUUCCCCCAAGGCCCUCACAUGUCCACCCAGCCUGCUCUUGGCCUGCUCACUGGGGCCUCAGCCUCCCCUCGCUGGACCAACUGGGGUCCCCACCAUGGUGGCCACCAGGUCCCUUGGAGGAUGGGCAGUGCCUGAGGGGCCCCUCCUGCAGGGACUCAGAGCUGAGCUGGCCAGGCAGCGUCCCGCGUGGGAGGGAGGGCACAGGGAAGUCCGUGGGAGGCAGCAGUGGGGCAGGUUGGGGUCCCAGGCUGGGCUCCCCAAGUCCAGGGGGAGACAGACGAGGCCCAGAGUAGGCACCCAGGAGUCGGGGGCAGGGCUGGAGGGGGGCCGGGCACGGCCAUGUGCUGAUGGAAAGAGCCACCCCUCGUGGCCCGGCUCGAGCCCACCACCCGGCCAGGGGCAGAGAGAGACUGUGGUGCCCGGGCGUCACCGCAGGUCUGGGGAUCCCGCAGCACACACCAGGCCCGGGGUUUGCUUGCCUGUCCUUUGUUCCCUGGCCUCAGUUUCCCUCCCUAAGGUGGAGGUCUUAUUUCUCAAGAGCUCAAGGAGCCAGAGGCUGCCACAGGCUGACAGCGCGGCCCCCGGCGUAGGACAAGGCCCACAUGCCCGCUGCCCGGGAACCUGCCGUGCUCCCUGCCCACCGAGCCAGCCCCCUGGGGCCUGGGCAGGGCCAAGGCUGUUGGGAGCUCAGCCUCCUCCUGCCAACUGGGGGGCUGCAUGGUGGCUGCGGGACUCACCGACAGGAAGGCGUGCACAAUGUCAGCCUUGAUGGAGCUCAGCGGCUUGUCCUUGAUGACCACGAAGAUCUGCUCCUCCUUCUCCAGGUUGAUGAAGUUGCCGAACCAGGACUUCUUGGCCAGCCUGGGCGGGGGGGACCAAGGCUGCUGUGGGCAGGGUGUGGUGCCCGAUCCACACGCCUGCUGCCCUGGCCCAGGACGGGCUGCCGAGCACCCAAGUCCUGUGGGACGGGGACAGCUCGCUCCACGGCCCCAGCCAGGCCCCACCCCAAUCCCACAACCUCAUCCCAAAUGCCUCAGCACUAACCUCAAUGCCCAGCGCCCUACUCUACCCCAAAUACCGCAAACGCCUUUACUCUAAAUGCCCCAAACUUACCACAAACACCUCAAUCCUACCCCAAAUCCCCCAACCCUGCCCUAAAUGCCCCAAACUUACCCUAACCCAACCAUCUGAACUCUAACCCAAACACCUUAGCCCUAACGCAGACCCCGCAAAUGCCCUGCCCCUACCCCAAAAGCCUUAACCAUAACUUGAACACUCUAAACCUUAAUGCCCUGACUCAAACCCAGACGCACUAACUCAGAUCCCCCCCACCCCAAACACCCUAACCUUGCUUCUCUCACCAGGUCCCAGGGCCCUGACCAGGCCCCAGAGCUGGAAGCCCAGCUGGAAGGAGUGGGGUGGGCGCCCUGCCUGGCUUCUCUGCCUAAGUGGCUGAGGCCGGCAGCAUCCCGGCGGAGGGGCUGCAGCCUGGUGCGGGGGGCGCCGGGGAGCCGCACCCAGGCACUGACGGCACAGAGAGGUGCUGCGUGCCCCUCCCACUCGGAGGAGCAGCCUCAGCUGCCUGGGGCCGCACUCCUGUCCUGGGACAGGUGGCUGCGUGGCUGCCCGUGUCCCUGUUGCUCUGGCCUGGCAUGGCCACUCCUCCCUCUAGAACAGAGGUGGCUCCCAGACCUCCAGGGCUGCGGGGGAAGGGCCCACCCAGAGCUCGCCGUGGCCCUCGGCUCCCAGAGGCCGCUUCGAGGGGCCGUCCACCUGGUGCAGUGCUGCCCACCCGGCUGCAGGACUCGCCUGACCCUGGCGUUCCUUCCAGCAUGGCCCGGCACCCAGCGGAGGCAAGCGCUGGCAGACGUGGCCUCCGCGCCCCCCAGCCCCACCUGCGCCUCGCUCUCACGCCGUGAGCCCUCCUUCCCACCAGCACCCGACCUCGACUCUCUUCCUGCCAGGACAACCUGGGAGUGUGAGGGACGCAGGCCCACCCUGCUGGCGGCUGCCCACUGGCGUGACGCGGAGGCCUCUGCCCAGCAUCCUGCGAGGACCCGAAUCCCACCCACAGCCACGGGAGCUUGGAAGUGGGUCCAGUCCAGCCUCCAGUGCACAGCCCAGCGAUGUGCUGACUGCAGCCUCGUGCGACCCACAGGCAGGACCCCAGGCAGGGCCCAGGACAGCCGCGGAAGCUGCAAGAUGGCGAGUGUGUGUUGUUCGAUCGUGGAGCUCUGGAUGGUUUGUCAUGUGGCAACAGCUGACGGAUACAGCCGGGCAGGCUUUCCACUGCCUCCCCUGCAGCUACGGCAUGGACAUGUGACCUAGGCUCUGCCAAUCACAUGCUCCCACGCAGG